AUUAUCAGUAUAUCGUUGUCUUCCUCCUCGAUACAUUUCGCAGAAACCUAGAGAUUAUUGGUGUAUUCUCUGGAUCCGAUCUGUUCGCCAUGGAAGAUAAGAAGGCAGAAUCGACGAACAAGAACGUUAAGAAGGCAAAUCUGUUGGAGCACAACUCGAUCAAGCACAUCCUCGACGAGUCCGUCUCUGACAUCGUCAAGAGCCGUGGAUACAAGGAGGAUGUGAGGCUGAGCAACCUGAAACUGAUCUUAGGGACGAUUAUCAUCGUGGUUGCUCUCGUUGCGCAGUUCUACAACAAGAAGUUUCCGGAGAACAGAGACUUUUUGAUCGGAUGCAUCGCAUCGUAUGUGGUGCUGAAUGGGGUGUUGCAGCUGAUUCUGUACACUAAAGAGAAGAAUGCCAUAUUGUUCACCUAUCCUCCUGAGGGAUCAUUCACCAGCACUGGAUUGGUUGUGUCUUCAAAGCUGCCGAGAUUCUCUGAUGAGUACACUCUCACCAUUGACAGUGCUGAUCCAAAAUCGAUCUCAGCUGGGAAGUCAGUACAACUCACCAAAAGUGUCACUCAAUGGUUCACGAAAGAUGGAGUUCUUGUUGAGGGUUUGUUUUGGAAGGACGUGGAAGCAUUGAUCAAGGACUAUGCAAAAGAAGAACCAAAGAAGAAGAAAUGAUGAUUAUAUUAUGGAGAAAAUAAUGUUCUUUAAAACUUCUAAAUGUUUCGUUUUAGACUACUAAAAAUCAAUGGCAGACAUUUUGUUAGAGAUGACAUCAAUAUUCCCGAUAAGAAUAUUCCAGUUUUUUUUUGUUGUAACAAAACGAAUCGAAUUUUAUCUGAGAUUGUGGACAAAAAGAUAAAAGGAUAUCUCCAGGAAAGCCAAUGGCUCACAUUUCAAGUUCA